AUGAAAGCUGGAUUACUUCAGUGCACCCCUUGCUUACCAAGGAAUAUUGCGAUUCUGACAAAAGCACUUUAUGCACAUAAGGCGUAUACUGGGCCUCUGGGAUCUAAUCCUAAUGCAACCAAUGCACAAGACAGCACUACAACCAGAAAAAGAUCCGAUUCUGGUUCGGAUGAGGAAGAGGAAGCCUGUGAAUCUAAUGCUGUCCCAACUGAUUUUACUAGCCGAGAAGCUAAGGUUUUGGAAGCUAAAUCUAAAGCUACUGAGAGGAACUGGAAGAAAAGGAAAGAAGAGGAAAUGAUCUGUAAAUUAUGUGGAGAGUCAGGCCACUUCACUCAGCCAAGGGAGCCGACCUUAGUCUCUGGAAAAGGACAGAGGAAGAGAGCAGGUGGAGGGGGUGGGGAUAAAGAUAUGCAUGUUGAAGGCAUGUACAUAUUGAAGUCAAUGGGUUCAAUUUCUUAUAAGAGAUUUGCCAACAAUCCCCAAAUAGGUUAUAGUCAGCAUUUUUUGCCUGGGAAGUGGUCCAGGUCACCUGAACGCAAGAGUACUGUAAGCUCAUGGUCGGUACGCUCUAAUUUUCAAAGAUCCAAUCCCAGUCCACAUAAUGCCUUGCGGGUCCCACAUAGAUCUGGAAGACAGGAGAAGGAUGUGGAAGACUGUGUUCAUGAAGAUUUGCAAAAAUUAUCGAGGGGCUCUCUGCAAGCCGUUCCAUCUUUUUCUUUAUACUGCUUGUUUCUUAUCAUAUUCUUUGCCGAAAGAGCGUAUCAUGUUAAAGCUGCCUCCAUUGUUAGAGAUCUUGAAUGGAAGUGCUUAACACGCUCUUCCUCUGGUGAAGCUUAUGGUAAUGAUGGUGAUAGAGGUCGAUCAAGCCAUUCAAGGUCUCCAGUACUCCCUUCUUACUUGGGAAACCCAUAUAAUUCAUAUGAUGGUCACAGUCAGAGCAGAGGGUCCUACAGGUUCGAUGGAUUGGAUGCUGACAGACGUGGGUGGGGAAGAGAGCUGCCUUAUCUUUUUGUUGAAUUUGACUAUGCGGCCAUUGACUCCUUACAUAUUGGGUUCUUCAAAUUUAAGGCUGUCAGAGAAAUUAGGGAGGGUUACAUGAAGAAACUGGCUAUGCUCAGGGGUGCACAGGCAAAACAGUGGCAACAUUUUCUUCAAGCUGACGUCCAGAGGAGACAACGUGCAAGCCAGCAUAUUUCAGCUUCUGGGUUUAGUAAUUAUAGACAACCUAGUUAUCCAGAGUAUGAUAAUUCUUCAGGCAAUGCUCACUAUUCCGGACCUGGAACCAAUAUACCGAUGGAGUCAACGGGAAGGUACCCAAAUUCUAUGGAAAAUUAUCCUUCAAGACCUCACGUCACUUGCAGCGACUUUCAGCAUAAAAGGAGUGAUGAAUUUGGGAAUUCCUACAACCUAUACUAG